CUCAAUUGCACUCAGAUCUGUCUUUAAGAAGAGGGCAGAGACCGACGAUCAGUAAACUCAGAACAGCACAACACCGAAGUCCAACAACACCGUUCAGCAGAAGAACAACACCAAUUGACAGCACCAAUCUCCUUUCUCGCACAUCAUUCAGACCUCAGUUCCCGCAAGAUUUCACAACUCCACAAUUGUGCCCCAUACUUGCCCCUCAAUUACACUCUGCACAUCUACCCUCGCCGACAUGUCCUCUACCUACAACCGAGCAAUCCUCGUCACCGGCGCCACCGGCAAACAAGGCGGUGCACUCAUAAAGGUCCUGUUAGCCGAAAAUUCCGGCUUCCAGAUCCUGGCGGUGACCCGCAAUAGCAACUCCCCGUCCGCCCAGCGCCUGGCGGCCAAAUCAUCCGACAUCACCCUUGUUCAGGGCGACUUCGACGACACCGAGGCCAUGUUCAAGGCUGCUGAGCAGUCCACAUCCCAUCCCAUCUGGGGUGCAUUUAGCGUUCAGGUGCCAGCAUUCAACAAGAACGGAGCGGCCAUCGAGCAACGGCAGGGGCAAGCCUUUGUAGACUCGGCCAUCAAGCACGGUGUCAAGUACUUCGUCUACACGUCGGUGGACCGCCAUGGCGACUCGUCCAUCAAGAACCCGACCAACGUUCCCCACUUCGCCAGCAAGCAUCACAUCGAGCAGCACCUCAUCAGCAAGGCCAAGGGCACCGACAUGGCUUGGACCAUCCUGCGUCCCGUGGCCUUCAUGGAGAACUUCGCCCCCGGCUUGGUCGGCAAGGUCUUCCCAUCGGCGUGGAAGGUGAUGGUCAAGUCGCGGCCACUCCAGCUCGUCGCCACCGACGACAUCGGCGUCUUCGCAGCCAAGUCGUUUCUCCAGCCCGACCGGUUCAAGGGACAGUCCAUCUCGCUGGCCGGCGACGAGCUCACGUUCGACGAGAUGGUGAAGGUGUUUAAGCAGACGACCGGCGCAGAGCCGCCGCGGACGUGGAACUGGGUCGCAAAGUUGAUGCUUUCGAUUUCGGAGGAGAUGGGGACCAUGUACACCUUUUUUGAAAACGAGGGUUAUGCGGCCAAUAUUCCAGAGCUGAGGAAAGUGCAUCCUGAGCUGAAGGGUUUAGGAAGGUGGUUGAAGGAGACUCGCAGAAUGGCGUAGCCGGC